AUGGAAGGGACACCGCGGUGCGUUGAGCGUAUAACAUGCGUCGGAGCGGGCUAUGUUGGUGGUCCCACAUGUGCAAUGAUUGCAUACAAGUGUCCGGACAUUCAGGUUACGGUGGUCGAUAUGAAUAUGGAGAAAAUCACUCAAUGGAAUUCCGACAAGCUGCCGAUCUACGAGCCCGGCCUGGACGAGAUAGUGUUCGCAGCACGUGGUCGAAAUCUCCAUUUCGUCACGGAUAUCCCGCGAGCAAUUCAAGAAGCCGAUCUGAUUUUUAUAUCAGUGAACACGCCAACGAAGAUGUACGGUAGAGGCAAGGUUACGGUGGUCGAUAUGAAUAUGGAGAAAAUCACUCAAUGGAAUUCCGACAAGCUGCCCAUCUACGAGCCCGGCCUGGACGAUAUAGUUUUCGCAGCACGUGGUCGAAAUCUCCAUUUCGUCACGGAUAUCCCGCGAGCAAUUCAAGAAGCCGAUCUGAUUUUUAUAUCAGUGAACACGCCAACGAAGAUGUACGGUAGAGGCAAGGGAAUGGCUCCCGAUCUGAAGUAUGUCGAAUCAGUGUCGCGCACAAUUGCACAGUAUUCUGAAGGUCCAAAAAUCGUAGUUGAAAAAAGUACUGUCCCGGUGCGAGCCGCCGAAAGCAUCAACUGUAUUCUUCGAGAAGCCCAACGAAACGAUCCUCGUCUGUCUUUUCAGGUGCUAUCGAAUCCAGAAUUUCUGGCUGAAGGGACAGCCAUCAGAGAUCUGUCGAAUCCGGAUCGUGUACUCAUCGGUGGAGAAACUUCACCUGAAGGAGCUGCCGCUGUUGCUGAGCUGGUGCGAGUCUAUGAGCACUGGGUUCCGAGAGAUCGCAUCAUCACCACGAACACUUGGAGCUCUGAAUUGUCGAAGCUGGCUGCUAACGCCUUCCUUGCGCAGCGGAUAUCGUCGAUAAACGCGAUUUCGGCGAUUUGUGAAGCGACAGGAGCCGAUGUGCAAGAGGUCGCUCAUGCGAUCGGCUUUGAUUCGAGAAUAGGAAACAAAUUUUUGCAGGCUAGCGUAGGGACUGUAAAAGCAAUAGACUACUAA